UGGGAGAAAGUGUCGGGGCGCAUAACGGGACAACAAUGGCGUGUGAGAGGGCAACCCGGACAGGAAAGAGAACAGUCAUUGGUUUGCAGCUGGUGUUCGGGUCCGCUAAGUUAAUUGUGUCCGCGGAUGGAUGAUGCAUUGAAAGAAGCCGUCAAUGAUCAUUUCGAAGGAAUAACUACAGAAUUUCAAGAGAAUAGGAGUAUUAUCUCUGUUCUUCAUCAAACAGUUAUGGAGGGUGCUGGGUUAAUGUAUCCGUCAAAUUACGAUUUCGAAGAUGAAAACGAGAAUACGGGCGAGGAGGCGAAGCAUAACGCAGAAAUUCAACGGCAAAAGAAAGAGAAGGACAUUGAAAUUGCGGAGGAAGUUGUUGAAAAGGCAACAGUGAAAUCAGUUGUUCUUCUGAUGGACUCGGAUGGUUGGUUUUUCGAAGAAGACGACGACGAAGACAGCAUUGACGACGAUUGAACAUUCUUCAACUCCCCAUAUCCCCCAAACCUCCUGCCAAUGAUCUUAUAAACAUCCCAUUUCGCUUUCUCUUGUCGGCUUUAUGUUUUCCACCUCCAUAUUUCAUCUCAUUCCUCAAUCAGCGUGCUUUUUCAGAUUUCCCUUUUUUGUAAUCCUUUGAUAUUUCUAUCAUAAAUUUGCCUCCAAUCAGCUGUCAUCCGUCCAGAC